GCAAAAAAACAUGUUCAUCCUUUAAUAGUGGUGCUCCACUGUCAGGAGCCUGUGACAAAUGUAGAAUUAAGGUUGGCCAAUGAGCACGUAAUAGGGGAAGUCGGUCUAAUAACCCAUACUGACCCAUUUAUAUCAGUGGCAAACGCAGAUUUUUUUUUUCAGCACGGGUAGCUAACUCCAUGUAAAAAGGGUGUAACCCAUGAAUACAACAGGAAAGGUCGUAGGUGGGACCAGUCCGGUCCUCUCCGAAAUACACUCCGGAUUCCACCCCGGGUUUUCCGGAUGUCCAUCAGCGGGCUCCUCACAGCCUCUAGCUGGUUUUUACUCAACUCCUGUCCUGAUAUCACUCCGCUGGCAUGGUGGAGAAGCGGACCUGAUUAUUGUGAUGGUGGCAGGCGGCAGCUAGUGACUACAGACUUCCGCCACUGCUUCCCAUAUCCGCGUUUUACGCCGUCUGGUCUACUCUAGUUGCCUCACCACCGGACUACCGAGGGCGCUUGUGCCCCCCCCCCCCAACUCAGCAACAUCUUCACCGGGAUUUCUUUCAGACCAAAACCAUAUGAGAUGCAAGUUCACUGGGAAACUCUGGAGCCCGUUCGGUUCAGGCAGCAAAACUUUUUCUCAAAGGACAACACCGUAAAACGGCGAGUGGACUGUUACUGCUGCUGCCGCUGCCGCUCCUCCGCGGGACGGUUUGUGUGUAUAUGACCGUUGAGUGCCUGCUAACGUUCAUACCUUCACGGUAUUGCUUUUCAGCGGAGUAGUUGUUAGCAGCGUGGCAGCUGUUUUAUUGUUGAAUUCAGUUUGGAGCUUGCCCGGGUCUCAGUCAGGCUGGGUGUUAUUCGUGUUCUCGGGAGCGGUUUGUUUGGAAACAGUACCGAAGAGGGAAGAAGAAACGGUCACACGCGAGCUCCAAUGAACUAUAUGACUGUUAGGCUCGCAGCCCUUUAAACCUUCCCGGUUGUUGCUCGCUUCAGCGGCUGUUGUCGGUCGUAUCCUCCUUCCGCUGCCCGGCUGCUUGGGACCCUUCACCGGGGGAGGACAGAGAGGGAGAGGACACUAGGUGGUGGAGGUGGAGGAGGAGGUGGUCGGAGGAGGAGGAGGUGGCGGCGGUGGUGGCGGUGAGCUUGACGGGGAGAAAAGUUCUUCCAAAAUAGCAGCCACUCGGCCAAGUGAUGGGGGACUUCGCCUCCCCCGCUGCCGGACCCAACGGCAGUAUCUGCAUCAACAACAGCAUGAACCCGGCCGCCGGGAACGUGGUGCCCGCCGGGGCGGUGGGCAUACCUAAGCACAGCACUGUGGUGGAGAGGCUGAGGCAGCGGAUAGAGGGCUGCCGGAGACACCACGUAAACUGCGAGAGCAGGUACCAGCAAGCCCACGCCGAGCAGCUGGAGAUAGAGCGGAGGGAGACGGUCAGCCUGUACCAGCGGAGUCUGGAGCAGAGGGCCAAGAAGUCCGCCGGCGGCAGCGGCAGCAGCAAGCAGCCACAGAGCAAGCAGCCGGACCCGGACUCUGCAUCCUCCACGGAACAGAGGAAUAACACGCUAAUAGCGCUCCAGGAGACUGUGAAGAGGAAACUGGACAGUGCACGAUCGCCCCUCAAUGGAGACCAGAACGGCAUCUGUGAUGGAGGCAGCUACUCACCUACCACCAAACGGCCUUUACUUGGCGGGCCCAACACUUCCACCGGAAACAACACUACAAACAGCAAUGGCAACCAUGUAGGCCGGGCAACAGAUGAGCUGGGGAAGAAUGGCGGCAGCCAUCUCCCGGACAUGAAGCUGAAUGGCUCACUGGAUCUGGAGGACAGCUUCGGCCUCCUCAAAGACCUGAAACAAGAGCCACUGGAUGACGGAGGUGGGAUGGAGUCCUCAGAUCCCCAGUCUCUGUCCAAUCAGAACAAACUGUUCUCUGACAUCAACCUCAAUGACCAGGAGUGGCAGGAGCUGAUCGAUGAGCUGGCCAAUACUGUACCAGAGGACGAUAUGCAUGACCUCUUCAAUGAGGACUUUGAGGACAAGAAAGAGGCAGAGUUUGGCAGGCCAGCAAACAAUCAGACACCAGGCCCACAGGAGGCAGCUGGGAAUACAACGGCACCUGGAGGGGGGGCGGCGCCAGCAGCAGCAGCCCUGCCUCCUCCUCCUCAGCCUCCACAGGGAGGUCCACAGGUUCCCAUGGGCUCACCACAGGUCCGACCAUCAUCGUCAGGCCCUCAGUUUGCCACAACUGCCAAUGGAACACCUCCACAGCAACCUUUGCAGCAGUCUCCAGCCGUUGCCAUGGCAUCGGGUUCACCAUUGCACAACUGCGUGGCUCGUUCCCCUCAAACCCCAACCCAGGCUCAGACACAAGCAGUCUCUAGGCCUGGGAAUGGAUACAUGAUGAACCCGGGCCCAGGGGUCAGUCAGGCAGGAACGGGACCUGGAGCAGCUGGGGUUGCCCCUGGAGGUCAGCCUGUAGGACCAGUGACACCUGAACUUUCCCCAGCAGAGCAGCUAAAAGCAAUGGCUCAGCAACGUGCUAAAUUGCUGCAGCAGAAGCAGCAGCAGCAGCAACAAGCAGCUAACUGGUCCCCUGCAGGUGCUCCAACCAGCCCCUAUAACUCUGGUCCCUUUAACCAGGACAAACCCAACAGCCCUAUGAUGUACCCACCGCAAGCCUUUAACACUCCACAGGGCCCCCUAGUGGCUGGGAUGGCCCCCAACAAUGGGCCCAAAGCCCCCAUGAGCAACUACCUCCCUCACAACCACAUGAGCAUGAUGGGUCAGCAACAGCCAAACAGCAUCAACCAGAACACCCUGUCCAAACAACAGCAGCAGCAGCAACAGCAGCAGCAAACAGCAGCCAUGUUGUCCUAUAGCAACACUAAACCACUGAGUCACUUCAGUGGCAGUGGGGUAGAUCACAUAGGCCAGAGGAUGACUCCACCCAUGGGAGGGAACAGUCAAGUCAAGAACCCCAUGAUGCCUCCCUACAUGGGUGGUGGAGGAGGCGGGGGUCAGGGGGCGGGGCCAGGGCAGACCCAGGGGCCAAUCCCAGGGCAGACAGCUCACCUGAGUGAGGAGCAGAAGAGGAUGUUGCUGAUGAAGCAGAAAGUGUUGAACCAGAACAUGCCCUACAGCACCAUGCAGUCUCACGGACAGGAACAAGGUGUGGUGGGAAUGUCGCGCCCGCCGGGUGCCAUCCCUCCUCCUCAUCCGGGUGGGGGUGUGGCCUCGGGGGUGGGCCCCAACCAGGGUUCAGGACCACCUCCGGGCUAUGUGGGCAAUCAGCAGCAGGCAGCCAUGAUGAAACAGAUGAUGGCGAUGGAGCAAGAGAAGAGAGUACAAAUGCAUAUGAUGGAGCAGCAGAAACAGCAGCUCUUCAGAGAACAGAGACAACAGCAGCAGCAGCAACUACUGGCUGAACAGCUCCAACAGCAGCAGCACCUCCCCAGACAGAUGGGCCAGGGCCAGAGGAAUCCAUACCCCCAAGUCAAUCAAUACCAAGGUCCUCCUCAGGAUCUGGCAUCCAGGAGCCAGGCUCUCCAGAACAUUCGGGCUGCCCGACUCUUACAACAGCAACAGCAGAACCAGCAGCAGAUGGUCCAGAUGAGCUCUGUUCCGAGCCAGGGGGGCUCUGUGGGACCCCAAACUGACAUGGGUCUACCCUAUGGCAACCAGGGGUCUAACCAGGGUUCCCUGUAUGGGCUCAACCCCUCCAUGAGCCAAAUGAUCCACCAGCAGCAGCACCAGAGCCAAAGCGUUCAGGCCUCCAUGGGUCUUCCCCCGCAGCACAACCCUGCCGGAGGACCACCCCGGCAGGCAGGUGCAGGUCCUGGGGUCGGAGGUAUGCCUGGAGGCCCCGCAGGUGGUGGAGCUGGAGGGUACGGGGGACAGGGGAUGUUAAUGAACUCCAUGACCCAGCAACCCCUCAAAGGCCCUCCCAAUGCCAAAGCCCAGGCACAGAGACUGCAAAGCAUGCUGGGAGCAGGAGGAGGUGGCGGGGGAAUGGGGGCAGGCGGCUGGCCGCAGCAGCAAGGACAGAGUCUGCAGGCCAUGGGGGGAGGAGUUGGAAGGACUACAGGUGGAGGGGGAGGAGACAUGGUGGGGUUCAGCUCAGGCCCAGGUUACGGCAUGCAGCCAGGACAACCCCCUCGCAUGACCAAACAACACUUUCAGGGCCCGGGACAGGGGAUGAGCCAGGGGAUGGACCCCAGGGUAGGCAAUCCAGCCGCGGGUAUGGGCACCCCAAUGAUGGGGCCUCACAUGGGCAGCCAGCCCAGGACCAACCAGCCCCGGCCCAUGGUCAUGAACCAGGGGGUGAUGAGCCAGGGGAUGACUGGGAUGGGGGGUUUCGGGCCAGGCCCUGGUGGGCCAGGAAUGGGGGCCGGGGGAGGAGGAGGUGGACCCUAUGGACCAGGGGGAGUUGGGGUUGGAGGUCAGCCGCAGGGCUACCAGAGGACAGCCAAUCAGGAUAUGUCAUCCUAUGGAUAUGGGGGCGGGCCCUCAGGUGGCGGAGCCUUCGGGUUGGGUGAUGGCUCAGGGGCGGAGCUGGACUCAAGCGAUGGUUGGAUGGAGGAGUUUUUCCCGAGCCAAUAGCCAACGGAGAAACUGGAGAUGAGUUUUUACUGGAUGAACUAAACAUUAAAAUAGUACAAACGUUAAAACCUGAGAGAGUAAAACAAAAAGGAUGACACGACGUGGACAGGCAUGUUUUUGUUUUGUAAAACAUGAGCAAGGUUAUAAAUGAAUUCAUGUGUUAUGUUUUGUGUGUGAGUGUGUGUGUAUGUGUGAGUGAGUGUGCGCUGGAGAGAGCGAUCAUUGUCUCGUGCAUAUUAAUGAAAAACCAGUAUAGAGAUUAAGAGGUGUGUUUCAUUAGUUUCCCUUUUCUCCACGGAAUGAAUUUUUCUCAUGUUCCAGUGUUUGAAAGCGAGCCCCGUUUACACAGCAGCGCUUUGAGCCCAAGCUUCAGCAGGGGCUGAUUGAACACCGCAGACUGAUGAAGGGGAAGGAAGACUUGUUCUCAAGACAGCAAUUUAUUUGUGUUUGUGUGUUUGUGCCACCCAGCUCAGUGCUUCAGAUCUCUCAGCUAUGUGAGGAGUUGAAGGGAGUAGAAAGCACUCUCAACACUCCCAUUUCCUCUCUUAGAUUUGUGCCCCCCAUACACUCACACACACACACAUGCAAAUCUGUCUCCCUCACACUCUC